AUGCUGCCCAUCACGGGAGCGCGCUCCCCGUUCUUUGCGCUCGCCGCCUGUGCUGGCUUUGUUAUCGUGUUCAUCUUCGGUGUUCUCGCAUGGCGGUCUCCCAGCAAGAUUCCGUUCCACCAUGGGAAUAAUGCGCAUUCCAAUCUCGGUGUCAAUGAAGCCCUGCAAAUCCUUUUCGCCCCCACCAAACUCGAGCCUACCGCAAAGUCCGUCCGCAGCGGCGAAGACGUCUUUGAACUCCCAGAGAACCCGCGUUAUACCAAACCCAUGGGCAACGAUAUCCUAAUCCUCGAUUUGGACACUCGGCCUCUCGAGUCAACAGAGGAAUACAAGAAGGGCAAAUUCGAAUGGCGCGAUCUUAACCACGUCUCAGCGGGUGUCUUCAACCACUACACGUACGCCCUCAUCCACGGAUAUGACUACAAGUUCAUCAAAGCCAGCAAUUUCGAAGACAGGCAUGCGACUUGGAUCAAGCCAAGUGCCCUAGCCAACCAAAUUAAGAACUACAAGUUCAUUGUGUUCCUUGAUGCCGAUGCCACCUUCCGAUUCCUGCACCUCCCCAUCGAAUGGAUGCUGAACUAUUGGGACAUCAAGCCCAAGGAUGCAAUCACUAUGGCAAAGGACCCUUGGGACCCCGCAUCUCCUCAAUACAACUCCGACCGCUUCAAUCGCACCUACACGAACACUGGCUUCAUGAUUGUGCAGAAUAACAAGAAGAUCCAAGAGAUCCUCAAGGCAUGGCACGAGUGCCCCGAUGACACGCGGUACAAAGAAUGCUCGCAAUGGAAGACGCCUAAGUUCCACGAGCAGAGUGCAUUCGGAGAAUAUAUCCGCUACGAUUACGAAGACGACAUCAAGGAGCUUGACUGCAAGGAAGCGAACGGCUUUCCUGGAGUGGAAAUUUCCAACUGCACAGGGCAUUUUGUUCGCCACUACUGGUUCGAUAAGAGCCUCGUCAAGAUGGACUACCGCGACAAUAUCAUGCAAGCACUUACACUUCCCAUUCAGAAAGCGUUCGCCGAUAACACCAACGGCAUCGUUGUCGAGACCGGAAAGAAUCAGAUAUAUUAG